AUGAACUGGAGAUGGCUUCAUUCAAUGAUUACAUUUUUAUUAUUUAUUGUACUUGCUACUUCAACUGAGACUUUUCUCAGUAAAGGACAAAGUAUUAAAGAAAAUAGAAACAUUCAGAUAUAUUCAAAUAAACAUAAAAGACUGUAUAAUGUAUAUAAUGUACAUUUAAAGGGGGAAGCUAUUCAUGAAGUUUCAGAUAUAAGACAGGAUAAUGGAGAACAUUCUCAGAAACAGACUGUUGAAAAAGAGAAAGAACAACAAGACCUCACACACAAAACACAAGACCAAGACCAAAAAUCAAAGAGUGAAGCAGUAACACAACCAACAGCAAAAGAUCAACCAGUACAAUCAGUACCUGUUUCAUCAACAGGUGUAACAGAUUCAACAAACCCAGCAAGUGGAUCAAGUACAGUAAAUACACCAACAGAUUCUCCAGUUAAAACAACAAACCCAAGUAAAGACAACACUGUAGGAAGUACAGAAGGACAACAAGAAAGUGCAGGAGUAGUACCAGAUCCAAAAACAAGUAUACAACAAAAAGUACCAAAUACUUCAUCAAGUGGAAUAAAUAUACCAAAUGAACAAAAUCCACAGGGUCAAACAGGACUAAGUGGAACAGGUGUAAAAAAUGAACAAAACCCAGAAGGACAAUCAGGAACAAAUGAACAAAAUUCAAAAGGACAGUCAGGAAUAACAAAUGAACAAAAUCCACAGGGUCAAUCAGAACAAAAAGGAGCAAAAACACCAUCAAUAAAUGGAAAACAAGAAACUGACCAAACAGAUAAACAAGGAAAAGAAAAAGAACAAGAAACAAGUGGAACAAAUGAUGGACAACAUGAUACAUCAAAAGAAAAAGAUGAUAAAGGAACAAAUGAAAGUGAUGAAAACAACAAACCUAAAACUCCAAAUGGACAAGAAGAAGGAAAAAAUACAACAGACAAUAAAACUCCAAAUACUCCAACAAAUAAACCAGAGUCUAAACCUGAAAAUAAAAAUGAUGAUAAAACAAAUAAUAGUGAAGAUGAAGAUUUAAAUAGUCAUAAAAACAUCGAUGGAGCAUCAUGCCGGUUUAUUAUUCUUGGUGUUAUCAUCACCCUUUUAUUCUUCUAA